UUGAAUUAAUUAAAGAUGGCGCAAAAAGUUAUGUUGCCACAUGAACCAAAGACACAGUCAUUUGAUCUGUUGAGUGGACAUAGUAUACCAGCUAUUGGAUUAGGGACAUGGAAAUCUGGUUCACAAGCCAUUGAUUCUGUGAAAACAGCCAUUAUUGAUAAUGGCUACAGACACAUUGACACUGCUGCUCAGUAUGGAGUUCAAGAAGAGGUUGGACAUGCACUUCAAUCAGCCAUGCAAGCAGGAGUUGAAAGGAAGGAUCUAUUUAUCACCUCCAAGAUAUGGUGCACUGACUUGACCCCUGAAAGGGUAAGACCUGCCCUCAACAAAACCCUUCAAGAACUCCAACUUGACUACCUUGAUCUUUACUUGGUUCACUGGCCAUUUCAACUGAAAGAUGGGGCAAGCCGGCCUCCUAAAGCAGGAGAAGUUUUGGAGCUUGACAUGGAAGGAGUUUGGAGAGAAAUGGAGAAGCUUGUUCAGGAAAAUCUUGUCAAAGACAUUGGAAUAUGCAACUUCACUCUUACUAAACUUAACAAGCUACUCAAAAUUGCUCAAAUUAAGCCUUCUGUAUGCCAGAUGGAGAUGCAUCCUGGAUGGAGAAAUGACAAGAUGCUUGAGGCUUGCAAGAAUAAUGGCAUCCAUAUUACGGCCUAUUCACCACUGGGAUCAGCAGAGGGUGGGAGAGAUUUGAUCCAUGAUCAAACGGUUGAUAGGAUAGCCAAGAAAUUGAACAAGAGUCCAGGGCAGGUGUUGGUGAAAUGGGCCAUUCAGAGAGGGACAAGUGUCAUCCCUAAAUCAACCAAUCCAAAUAGGAUCAGAGAGAAUGUUGCUGUUUUCAAUUGGGAAGUUCCACAACAAGAUUUCAAAAACCUUAGUAACAUACCAGAUCAGAGAAGAGUUCUUGAUGGUGAAGAACUGUUUGUGAACCAGAGUGAAGGGCCAUUCAAGAGUGUAGAAGAUAUCUGGGAUCAUGAAGAUUAGACAACAUUUACAUCAAGCUACAUUGUUUAUUUUGUUUGUUUUUUCAAGCCACUUAGUAGUAUUAGAUUAAUGUACUAGCAGUUUAUUAAAAGAGUUAAAUUAGCUUGUAUACAUCAAGGUGCAAGGGAAACGGAUUAUACGCGGUUACUGCAUUAACGCAGUAAUAGUU